AUGGGUCCACCUGUGCAGUUUUUCACAAAACAAACAGAUUUCUCCUCAUUCAAAUAUUCUCCAUCCAAAGCAAAUGGCACCUUCCACCGCAGCAAAUCCACUAUGUCUACUGGCACCAUGAAGGAGACGAGUCGGACUCUAUCCACUAGAAAUUCUGGAGGAAGAUAUAUGAGUACCUCCGGUGUUUGGGAAGAGAAAAUCGGUGCCUCCACCUGGCCAAAGAGUCCCAAUGGGAUCAAACCCAGUAAGAGUGACCCUGCCUUGGCUCCACCUUUUUCUCCUGCCACUGGACCUGGCAUGAGAAUAAAAGGACAGAUGGCACAGGGCCAAAGCACCUUUCAAACUCGAACAAACAGACACAGUGUUUCAUCUGUGACUAACGGUAAUGCGAUCAGCAGCCAGUCACGCUGGAUGCCCUCCACCCAGUCUCAAAAUGAGGGCAAGAUGGGUACCAUCAAAAUGGAGAGUAAAUCAAUGAUGAACAUUCAGGACCUGACCCUGAAGGAGGCUGUAGAGUUUUUGGGUAGCAGUGAGGAAAGGUACCAGCAGUGGGGAGCAACCUUCAUCCAACACACCACCUACACCGACGAGUCUGCCAAAUCAGAGGUCCGAGCAACACAGAAGAUUACUGCACAUGCUUAUAGAGAAACACGCACAUGCUCACCGAGCACAGGGUCAGAUGCUGUGAGCCAAAUUUUGGUUAGUAAGUCCAGAGAUCUGAGGCAGUUUGGACCUCUGCUGAAGCCAUCGAACCCGAAGCUUCAGAACACUGCUUUGUCCUUGUUGGGUAACAUGUCUCGGACCGGCAGUUUGCAAGGCACCAUGGCAAAGCAGAUCUUGCCUCAGCUCGGAGAACUCCUGCAGGGUGGGCCCAGUCAGUUGGGGAAUUCUGACGAGUCUAUAGCAGCAGCUUGCAACACAGUGGUACGACUGAUGUCAGCAAACACUGACACCAGCAAGAAGGUCAUCAAUAAUGCCGUUAUUCAGUCGCUAAUUGACCUCAGUGAAGACAAGAAACUUACCAAGGGAAGCAGCGCAGCCUCGCUGCUGCUGUACAGCAUAUGGCAAGACAAGAAUUUGCAAAGCGCUGUGAAAAAGGUAAAUUAG